ACAUGUUCUGCUCUACCAUGUUGUCGUAUAAAGAUCUUUCGCUGGCAGCGCUUGUAAUUUUGGCCAUUGUUGGCUUGGGUCAGGCGGCGCCUCCCAUUGGGCGUGUGGUUAAUGGCACGGACUCUAGCAUCGAGAGCUAUCCCUUUGUGAUAUCGCUGCGUGGUCCGUCCGGCUCGCAUUCCUGCGGUGGAUCCAUCGUCUCCCAGCAGUUUGUGGUGACUGCCGCCCAUUGCACUGCCGGUCGCACUUCUAAUCAGCUCUCGGUGCAGUAUGGAGUAACGAAUAUCAAUUCCACUGGUCCCAAUGUUGUGGGUGUGAAGAAAAUCAUCCAGCAUGAGCUGUACAGUCCCGCCAAUAACUAUGCCAACGAUAUAUCGCUAAUCAUGGUGCAGGAGCCGUUCGUAUUUGAUGGUGUUACUGUGGCAGCCGUGAAGCUCCCAGGGCUUGCCUUUGCCACUCCUCAGACGGACAGUGGCGGCGACGGAGUGCUCAUUGGCUGGGGUCUAAAUGCGACUGGCGGCGUAAUCCAGACCACUCUCCAGGAGGUCGAUCUUAAAAUCUACUCGGACAAGGAAUGCUCUGAUCGUCAUAAUGGUGCCACGGAUCCCAGAUACCACAUUUGCGGUGGUGUCGAUGAGGGCGGCAUGGGACAGUGCAGCGGCGAUUCGGGCGGCCCUCUGCUCUACAAUGGCCAACAGGUGGGCAUCGUUUCGUGGAGCAUCAAGCCCUGCACUGUGGCCCCCUACCCGGGUGUGUACUGUAAGGUCUCCCAGUACAUUGACUGGAUUAAAAAGAAUCAAAUCAUAUUGGCAUAGUCACGGAAAUAAAUUUUAAAGACGUAUCUUUUGAUACUGCCCUAUAAAUAAUUGAAUUGCGGUCCACUGAAAUUGCUCGUGGCGAUUGAUAAGGAAAUCAUAUUUUGUAUGUCAAUAUUGAAAGCAAAUAAAGAAUAAAUAAUGGGA